CGCAUGCUCACUAGGCAACACUGACGUCAUGUUGAUGUUGAGAAGGAAUCAAAAUCGACUGUCGAUAAAGUGAAUAGUCGAUCAACGAAAUGUCGGAUAAACAAAGUGGACAAAAAAGUGCGAAAAUAGCAGCCGGGGCCGUGGUGUGUGUCGAAAGCGAGAUCAAAGGGGAUGUCACUAUCGGUGCCAGAACGGUGGUCCAUCCCAAAGCACGCAUCAUAGCGGAGGCUGGACCCAUUAUAAUCGGGGAGGGAAACCUCAUAGAGGAACAGGCUGUCAUCAUUAAUAGUUACCCGGAGAAUAUCACCCCUGACAGCGAGGGAGUGGAGCCUAAACCGAUGACAAUUGGUGUCAACAACGUGUUUGAAGUAGGCUGCAUGUCUCAGGCCUUGAAGAUUGGGGACAACAAUGUAAUUGAAUCCAAAGCCAAUCUGGGCAGGAAUGUGAUCCUGACCUCUGGCUGUAUCAUCGGAGCCUGUUGCCAGGUCAACACCUGUGAGGUCAUUCCUGAAAACACAGUCAUCUACGGCUCGGGGUGUCAGAGACGUGUGCAGACUGAGAGACCACAGCCUCAGACUCUUCAGCUAGAUUUUCUGAUGAAGAUCCUUCCUAACUACCAUCACCUGAAGAAGACUGUCAAGACCACAUCUGGUGCCACGCCAGCCAAAAUCUAACAAUCUCCCUAAAGAUGAAAACAAACUACCACCAUCCAAGACUAAAAUAAAACUGCUUCCUCCCACGAUGAAAACAAACCUCCUCUUCCCACGACGAAAACAAACCACCUCCUCUUUCCACGACGAAAACAAACCUCCUCUUUCCACGACGAAAACAAACCUCCUCCUCCCAAGACAAACCUCCUCCUCCCAAGACAAACCACCUCCUCUUCCCACGACAAAAACAAACCACCUCCUCUUCCCACGACGAAAACAAACCACCUCCCAAGACAAAGACAAACCACCUCCUCUUCCCACGACAAAAACAAACCACCUCCUCCUCCCAAGACAAAGACAAACCACCUCCUCUUCCCACGACGAAAACAAACCACCUCCUCCUCCCAAAACAAAGACAAACCAGCGUCUCAUCCACCAAGUGAAGGAAAAUGCUUAGUGCUAUCAUGUACCUGUUCUACUUGAAACUAGGCUUUCAGAAGACACUGAAUGAUCCUCUGUUGGCCAGGAAUACGUUCAUUCCAUGAACCUAAACAUUUUAGUUUCAAAACGUUCCAUCAAAGAGAACAAAACAGGUAGGGACCUACCUGAAUUAUUCGCAAUAAAAAUGUUGUAAGAAUUAUUAUUUUUGCCUCCAACUUGCUUGUCGUGAAUUAAUAAACCCCUGCAUUCCACAAGCAGUGUUUAUCAUCUUGGAGUUGACUUGGAGCUUACCCCAGGACAACUGUCUCACUACUACAGUUUACAAAUUUUUCCCGGCAGACUUUAUACUUUUAAGUUCUAUGUUAUAUUCCAUGUAUUUCCAUGCUUUUCGAUGCCAUUGUUAUAAAAAUGAUAGAAAGUG